GGCCAUAAACCCGGAGACUGCUAUCUCGGACCGGAUUUCUCGGGUAUCUCGACUCUGGGCACUCUGCUCCUGCUCCGAGCGCACGGACGGCGAGCAUGGCGGCGGGGCGGGAGGAAGCCCUGAAACCCUUCGAGGAGAGAGCUUCGCAUGCCGAGGCACGGUUAGCAAAGCUGGAAGCCCUGCUGUUGAGCAAAGAUGGCCUAGGCAGUGGAUCCGAGACAAGUUCAGCUGCCGCCAAAGAUGUUCUGUCAAAGCUUGACGCAGUCAGUGCAGAAUGCCUCGCUGAGAAGGAGAAGAACAGGAAGCUAACCAUGGAGAACGAGAAGCUCCAGUAUCGUAUCUCCCAUCUUAUCCGAGCAGUGAAAGAGGCCGACUCGAAACAGAAGUCUCUAUGAUAAGCCAGAUUCAAAGCUAAUUUUGUUUAUUUUGCGAGAGCCAUGUGGUGAUCUUGCAGUCCUUUCAUAUGUGCUCGAUUAUGACAUUUAACUUAAGCUUAAACUGGUGUUCUGAGCUUGGUGAAAAGGCUCUGAUACUUUCGUUGUAAGAUGGUAAUGCAUUUGAUCAGGCCAAUUAGAAACAGUGACAAUACGCUUUGAUGGUCA